AUGGCAUCUGUAGGACUUGUUGGAAACAGCACCAUUUUAUUAUCACUCCUGAGCAGUGCAUACCAUGAAUACAAGUCUGUACCAACAGAAACAAUCCUAUUUUACACUGCCUUGGCAAAUCUCACUAUGAUCAUGUCACGAGGAGUUCCACAUUUUUUGUUUGACUUUGGAAUCAGAAAGCUUUUUAAUGAUCCAGGCUGCAAGUUUGCCAUCUAUGUAUCUAGGGUUUCUAGAGCCAUGGCAAUAUGUUUAACUUGCUUCUUAAGCUGUUUCCAAUGCAGCACCAUUGCAUCAUCCAGCUGGAAAUGGGCCUGUAUUAAGGUCUACAUGCAGACCUGUCUUGUACGUAUUAUGGUUGGUCUUCUGCUAAUGAACAUGACAAUCUGCAUUGCAGCACCGUAUCUGACAGUGUCUCUGAACAACAAUACAGAACAUAAAUAUACGUUUAAUUUGGGAUACUGUCUUGUUAUCUUUCCAGACAAUAUUUCCUUUCAGGUGAAUGGCUUUGUUCUGUUCAUGCGUGACUUACUAUUUGUUGUUCUUAUGAGUGCUUCAAGUGCUUAUAUUGUAUUGAUUUUAUACAGACAUAAAAAAAUGGUAAGAAACAUCAAAAGAUCGAUUCAAAAUAAACAAUCUGCUGAGGGUCAGGCAGUUAAGACAGUAGUGACAUUAGUAACUCUCUAUGUAUUUUUCUUUGGAAUAGACAUUUCAAUGUGGUUUUACCAGAUAACCUCUGGAGAGGGUGAUGAAGCAGGUAAUGUGAACUAUAAGCCUGGAAAACUCAAUGCUGGGUAUGUCAAAAACCACAACACAGAAAGGGAGGAAAUUGUUGGUAGUGGAUGGGUAUCAAUACUAUCAGGAGAAGGCUGUAAAUGUGAAGCAGUAUUGGUGUUGCAUAAGGAAAAAUAA